GUCUAUAAUGGCAAGCUCGCAAAACUAAAAGGGAUAGAAGCUGUAGAAAACUCAGUUGAUAAAAAUCGACCAUUUGGAGGAAUGUUUUCGUUGUCCUGGAUCCUGAAAAAAAAAUCGAAAUCGUGA